UUCAUAUUUUUUUAUUUUUUUCCUUCAGGUAAGCCGCAUUUAAGGAAGUUACCUAGUAAUAAAUCUGCAUGCCAUACCGGCAUACCUAGUUCUCUCAAAUAAACACAUCCCUUUUCAGGUGUCUGCAAACCUCAGUCUGAGUCCGUUUACUAUUUGACAAAGCUUGAUGGGUGAUCUGACAUAUGUUUUGAUCUUAUGAAGUCCAAUGAAGAAAGAUGGAUUACAGAAAGACAGUGCAUGUUCCUCAGCUUAGCAACGAAAUGCAGCUGAAUGUCAUGAACUGGGUGAAAUCAGGCCAAAUGAGUAUCGAUGAAGCUCUGAUGCGGGCUAACAAUGACAUGUUACACAAGCAGAGGAACUUUGAGCCGGAGGAAAAACAGUCACAGUACAACUUCAGUGUCCGCAAGUUCAACCGCUAUAUAUGGCAGAAACGGGUGCUGCAGAUUGAUUUCAGCACAAGCUUUUUGUGCAGCAUCGAGAAAGGCAUUGUAAAACGGCAGCUCUGUUUUUCUGAGGUGAAAAACUGCCACGAUGCACCAGGUACCAGGUUCUCCAUUUCGUUUAGAGAUCGGUCGGACUAUGAGCUGGAAGCUGCGUCCUUAGAGGACAAGCAGCAGAUCAUGCAGCUGAUAAAUCAGAUCAUCUACAGUAAUAUAUACAGCCCUCUGGUGAACGGGUCUGUGGAAACCCGUUCUUCACCCUUGCCUCCAACUCCAGACAACCUCAAAGAGGGUCAGAUUUUACUGCAGAGAGGAGGACUGGCAUCAUUCAAAUGGAAGAAGUAUGAACAUUUUGUAACUUUGUUUUCUCUCUGGUUCUUGUAA